UCCGAGAUCCUCCCGCGGCUGUACCUCUCGGGCUACUCCGUCGCGGCGGACGAGGCGCAGCUCCUCGCGCUCGGCGUCACGCACGUCGUGUCGGUGCUCGAGAUCCCGCCGGCGUACACGCAGGGCGCGCUCAAGACGCUGCACGUCCGCAUCGAGGACUCGUUCCGGACGGACAUCCUGCAGCACCUCGACGGCACGACCGAGUUCAUCAAGAGUGCGCUGGAGGAGAACGAGUCCAACAAGGUGCUGGUACACUGUUUGAUGGGCAUAUCGCGGUCCACGACGGUCGUCUGCGCGUACCUGAUCGCCACAAAUGCCGUGACUGCGACCGAAGCCGUUGCCUUCGUGACGAAACGACGGAAUAUUGCCUCACCCAACAUUGGUUUCCGAAGUCAGCUC